UAGCAACAAAAAUGACAUCAUUUUUCCACCCGGAUACAAUACUUCGAUUUCGAUAUCGAUAUUGCGGACUCUAACCUGAAAAACGACUGCCAUAUUCUUUCUUCUUAAAUUCUGUCAGUGAGAACAGACAAGGUACGAUAUCAAUCGCCAAAAUGCAAUUACACAUUCGUGGUUUGGAUACAUUUGUCCUGGAGGCAGAUUCCUUCGAGACAAUCAAUGAUAUCAAGCAAAAAAUUUCCAGCCUAGUGAACGUUUCAGCUGAUGAAUUCCAAUUGUCCUGUGAAGGUACUCUCUUGGCACCAGCCGAUCAAAUCACUUCACUAUCAUGCUGCGAACUUGACUUGACCGUUCCAUUGUUGGGUGGUAAAGUGCACGGUUCACUCGCUCGUGCCGGCAAGGUUAAGGGGCAAACACCGAAAGUGGAGAAACAAGAGAAAAAGAAGAAGAAGACAGGACGCGCCAAGAGACGUAUCCAGUACAAUCGCCGAUUCGUCAAUGUUGUACAAUCUUUCGGUCGCCGACGUGGUCCAAAUGCUAAUUCUUCAUAAGUGCUUUGAUUUGAACCGACAUUCAAAACCGUGUACUUUACCGUUGAUAAUAUAAGAGAUGGUAUAAAUACAGGCAAGGACAUUGUUUGA